AUAAAUGACAAGCAAUGCGAUCAGAAAAAGUGACCAGUCAGUAAACAGUACUCCAAUAAAAAACCAAUAAAUACAUAGAGCGCAAUGCAGAAAGAAGAACAUACAAACACACACAUCAAGAAAUAAUUAGAUGUCAUGAAUUAAAUGUAAUGAUGACUUCAGCACAAUGCAGAAAAUGUGAUUCCCUGAAAUUCACAAUUGAGUUUUACAGAGAUAUGAUAGUUCUUGCAUGGUUUCACAACGUUUUCCUCAUAAAUAAUUUAGGAUAAAGCUCGAACACCUUAUUUUUGCUCUGUAAGGCACAACCUCACAACACUACAUUUCCCACACAUCACCGCGGUUUAAAUCCCUGCUCAGAGGGGUUUGUGGGACUUGAAGUAGUGCACGUUGCGUUUUAACCGGUUGUACGUCGUCAUUUUGUUCCGUAAAAACUACAUUAACCAGAUAUAUUUGGUAAUCAGACGUUGACUGUUUGGCUCAUCCUUGACCGGAGUCGAAAUUGGCUUUCUGCUGCAUAUUGCAGACAAACACCGGGCUAAUGAAAUAAUUAUUACACUGGCGAAUAUGAACUUUGAGGUGAGUUUAUAUUAGAUCAGCCAUACGGAUUAUCAUUCAUGUUAAAUAAUAUAGUUUAUUGGCGCUAAACCGACCAGGGUUUAUUAAAUAGACCAAAUUUAUGCUAAAAUCUCCCAGAUUAAAGAGAAAACAGUCUUCCUCCUUAGAUAAGACAAGUGGCAACCAGCUGCAGUGAUGCCAAAAUUAGGCUGAAGUGUCCCUUUGCUGCACACUUCCUGAUCUGCCUUGAUUUUUUUUCCCAUUAAUUGCUUGAUAUUGUUGUUAAAGAUGUGAGGACUCCUUCAUGUCAUCCUCGUUGGGGCUCAGCAUGGCGCAGGAGGAGGACAAACGCAGCCUGGAGGCGAAAUUUGUUGCUGCAGUUAAAGUGAUCCGGAGUUUGCCUGAAGAAGGUCCUUUCCAGCCGUCUGAUGACAUGAUGCUGAUGUUCUACAGUUACUUCAAGCAGGCCACCCUGGGGCCCUGCAACAUCCCCAGACCAAGCGGCUUUUGGGACACUCGAGGAAAAGCCAAAUGGGACGCAUGGAGCUCUUUAGGAAAUAUGACAAAGGAGGAAGCCAUGAAGAAUUAUAUUGAGAACAUCCAGCUGAUUUUGGAGACCAUUCCGAUCUCAGAUGAAGUGUCAGACCUGAUUCAGAAGCUGGAUAACUUCUACGCAGAGGUAGACGGAAGAGGAGAGGAAGAUGAAGAAAAUGUGGUGGACAGGAGAGCCUUCACCAGGCCUUUUGCAAAUCAUUCAGAUGAGCUGAUCAGACAGUGUCACAAACCAACAAUGGAAGGCUAUGGGGAUCUGUGGGAUGAUAUACAAAACCUCCAGGAAAAUGACAGCAGUGCUCAUGGCGUAAGUGUCAGUAGCGAGGAGGCAGAGGGAAGCAAAGAAAAUAGUGAAGUGGAGAGAAAUGAGGAGAGUAGUGAUUGGAGGAAAAGUGAGGAAGAGGAGAAUGGGGAUGAAGAAGACAAUACUGACGACGAAGACAAGGAGGAAGAGGAGGAGGAGGAAAAAGACUGGAGGCCCAAUCCGAGGCUGCUGAUGGUGGACAAGAGGUGGAGGUCCGACACCAGGGGCUCCAGCAGCAGCGUGGAGCCCAGCAUGUCCUCCCCGACCAACGGGACGCACAGCUCCCUCAACAGCGAGGUGGAGGAGGAGGAGCUGAGCUGCUCCAUAGAGCCCAGUGUGCAGUACGACUCCUACAUGCACUUUAACGGACACCUGAGUGGUCACAGCGAUGCCGUUCAUGAGAAAAAUCACAGAUCCACAGACUCGGAUAACGAGGAAUUUUGUGACUCACUCUUUUUUUUUUCCCAAAACAAGGGGCUGUCUACGUCCAAAAUACUGUCAGCUGGAUCAGGAGCGGCCUCAGUGAGGCAAAGGGAUCUUUGGUUCGAGAGCAGCACCACGCUGAAUGGAGGAGAGGAUCAAGCCCUCCUGGGAGAUUCCUACCUUAAAGACGGGAUUAGUACGAGCCAGCACAACAGCUCCUUGUCAAGAAGAGGGAGAGGUUCGCAGUCGCCAAGGGCUACCUGCAGCUCUCCGCGGCGCGGCAGCGUCGAUGCUGCCUGCUGUUGUGUGCCACAGAGCCGACACACCGGCGGCGUUGCCAGGGGAAACGUCAAUGAGCAAAUAGCAACAGCUCUGCUGAGGCUGCAGCACGACAUGGCCACGGUGCUGCACAGGCUGCACGCUCUGGAGGCGCUGACGGUGUCGCAGUCAAGAUCAUCUUCACCAAGGCAGGAGGAUUCCCUACCUGUAGCACAAAAGUUCCUGAGACCGUCCUGGUGGCCUUUUGACUUCUCUCCACUCACAGCAGUGCUGACUGCUCUCUGGCCUCUGAUUUCUCAUUGGCUCGUGCAGCUUUAUUUACAGCGGAGGAGAAGGAAAAUCCCCUGAGAACAUGAAUUUGGGAUGAUUUUUGCACUUUUGUUGCUCUGUGGCUUUUUCAAGCCACCAACACAGACGGAGUAUAAAGAGGCGCCUAUUGAAACGGAAAGGCUACCUUUGAUAAAAGAACGACCGCACUGGAGUGUAAAGGGAAACUCUACAUCAUAAUGUAGCAUUUUGACUUCACAGAUACUUUUUAGGUGUUAAAGAAAGGGGGGAUUUGUGCAUUAUAGACGCCGGCACAUUUUCUUUGUUACAGUGAGCGUAGCAUUAGGAGGUGAUCUUAUUUAUGACAUGUUUCACAGAUCACCGGGAACUCAUUAUACACAAAACUCACAUAACUGAGUCAUCUUUUAAUAAAAAUGAAUUCACAAUCAUACAGUAGACUUUAUGUGAUGCCCGACUGUCACCGUCAGUUAUUUUACUAUUGCACAUUUCUUUUUAUCUUUUUGUCAAACAUUAUUUUUUUCCUGAUAACUAAGGACUUUUAUAUUUAUUGUUCAAAAUAUAGAAAUAUUUUAGGCGCAUUUCUGAAUAGACCAAAUAGACAUAGAGGUCAAUAUUGUUAUUUAUGUGUGAAUGUGUAUGUUUAAUUUAUUGCUUCACCGAAACUGUAUCAAAGAUUGCACUUUUGCAGAAGAGACACAAAGUAUAAGGACAAUCCAUAUAUUCAUUCUUGUUAGCUGUAUAGUGGAAAUUAAAGGUUUUCUGUUAAAGCCAGGGUGUGGUGCUUUCAAAUUGUUUAACAUAAGCAUAUAAAGCAAGUUUUGACAUGCAAUAAACACAUUAUUGAGUCAAACACA